GGCAGAACGCAUGGCAGAACGCAGAAGGCCCUUUCCUUUGGAGCAGGUCAAACCAUGUAAAACCAUUGGGUCCCAGGGAUGGGACUUGGUGAAUCAAUCUGUCAACAUCAACAUCAGUCAACAUUCAUUAGGGCCUAUUAGGGCUCCAAAGCCGCCAAUGUGGCACCCAGAAGGCACUCCGAUAUCGAUGGAUGUGGCACCCACAAGGCACUCCGAUAUCGAUGGAUUUGGCUGAAGCUCUCACCGCUGAAAAUGGGAUUCGAUGUUGGGGGUCUGCCGCAUGAUGGAUAUGCCGGAGAUUCCAGAUGGGGGGUGUUAUAUAGACUUCUUAUGAUUUUUUAGUUCCACCCGGCAAACGAACCUACAUACCUCCAGUUCGCAGCUCUUGUGAUUCUAGAAUAAGAUGCGGUUUGCUGUGUGAACCCUCUGUGAAGAGAUAUGCAGUUGUUGAUUCUUGGACUCAUUUCAAGAUGCUCAAGUCUCUUUGAUCAUCUUGAAAUACCUCCAUCUGCAGUUCGGAGUGGUGAAACUCAGACAUCUUCGAUUCUGCGUCCGGCUCAAGAAGUGGACCGCGGACCGCGCUCACCAUGCUGGAGCGCGGGAACCCGCCGCGGAGCCCACUGUCCGACCGCGCUGCGCCCAAGGCGGCGUCGCUCCGGUCGCGCUAUUGGCGCCCAGGGGUUGUCCCGACCAUCCGCGCCCAGCAGAAAUGCCCGUCCUUCUUCCAUCCUGGGCUCUCCGCUGGGCUUCUUUUUCAAGUGCAUCGAGCUGUCUCGAGGAGGGCCAGCUCGGCGCAGCUCAGAGCGCACGAAGCGCGCGGAGUGGAGGUGUGGCGUCGCUUGCCGCUGGAGGCUCCGCCCAACAUGGAUGCGAUUUUGCGAAAUCGCUACAACGACGUCGUCUACGAGGAGCUGGAUGACCUCGACUUGAGCCCCUUCCGCUCCUUGGCCGUGCUGCGUUUUCCGGUCCAUUGGGUGCCCCAGGUGGGUCAACUGCGGGACCAUGUGCUUCGCCUGGGUUCCACGCAGCACUUGGCCAUGCAGUUCGCGUUGGAAGAGCACGGUGGCUUUCUGGGUAUUGCAGUGGACAUCCCUCAGGCCCAAUAUUUGCCACGAGGCUGUGUGGGUGCCGAGGUGCUCCGCUUGACUGUGGAGGAGGAUGCCGUCCAUGUGACCUUGCGUGGGGUCAGCAUGCUCCUUCCCUUUGCAGGCUUCAAGUGUUCCGUUGGUUCCAACCUGAAUCCCGGAGCUUGGUUAGACACACCGAAGGUUCGUCUCGAAAGAAGAUGUGUCUCCGGCAGGACCGGAGAUUUCAACGAAUUUCACCAGAACCUGCCAGAAGCACCAAUGGACCAAAAGAAAGUGCUUGGAGUUGGAGGUCUUCCUAUUUGGCCUGCUGAAAGGCUACAGAACCUGUAGAUGAGGGAGACCCUCCAACAACUGGGUUUUGGUUGAUUCUUCUUCUUCUUAGGGAGGUCUCCCUAUUCUGGAUCUAAUGCGCCCCGCCUUGUUUGCCCGGGCGUUAUCCGGAGCCGCAGCUCAGGCUCCGGAUCAUUGAUCGCGUGGCCAUGCCAAACAAGGAUGGUGUCGUGCGACCCCUGAUGCAAGAGGUCUUGGAACAUACGGAGCUGGAACAGAGCGAGGGCCUGGAAGUCUUGCUGAAAGAGACCAAGGAGGUGGAACGGCUCUUUGAUCACUGCGGCCAGCUUCAGAAGGAGACGGGGAUCUUCGCAGCGGGAGACUUGUCCAAGAGCACGUUGCUCAGCUUGGCACAGACGGCCUCGGAGAACUUGAAGGAUGUGAAUCUCUGUGGUGUGCGCCACAGCGAGCAGCGAGGCCCUGUAGUGACCAGCCAUGCGGCGGUCUUUGCCUUCAGCGCGCAGAAGAAGGCCGACUUCCUCUGCGACCCCUUCAGCGCUUUGCGGCGGCUGCGCACGCUGCGGAAGUUCUUGUGCCUCAUGGACCGGGUGUUGACACCCAAGUUGCGAGUUUCUUAAAAA